AUGAGGACACCACCUCCACUUCCAUCGCCGGCCGAGGCCCCUUCGUCUGUCGGCGCUCCUCAUUCUCACCAUGACUCCUCCCACUCAACCUCUGGCUUGGUUCAUAACAUGCAUGAUGGAUACUCCGCGGAUGAAUCGAAUGGCAAACGGAAAGCUAACUCUCGCAACUCUCCCCUUCUGCAUGAACAGGCUGCGAACCCGUACCACACGUCAUCGUCCGCAAUUCAGAGUACGGAUUCGGGAAAGGGGUUCCAAGAGGACCAGGGACGAAGCUCUCAGACUCUGAAAGAACUCCGGAGGCAGAUGGAAGAGCUGCUUGUGUAUCAACAAAUGCAGAAAUCCCAGAACCAGAAUCUAUCUGCGACUCGAGAGCCUCCUUUGUCACAGGCCGAUCCCGUUUCUCCGAAUCCCCACGAGUCGUCCUCGCGAAAGAGACGCAUCUCUAAUGUAUCGCCCUCGAAAGGUGCAACGUCAUCGACAGGGCCGAUAUCUUCCGUUUCGCAUCCCGACUCGGUCGGUUCGGCUGGCACGAUCAAGGCCAUGGAUUCUCCCACUGCAAACCCCUCGGCGUACCCCUUUCCGGACCUACAAUCCCAGCCCGCCAUGAAACCUCCGCAAGAUCCCUCGUUUGGCCACAAUCCUUUCACGCUGACGCUUCCCGCCGAGAAACUCAAGAUCAAUAUGACGCCGCAAAGUAUCGGUGACCAACAGCCCGCUUCUAUCAAAACACCAACGUCACAUAGCUUCUUCCUUCCGCCGCAGCACAAACAAGUGGUUGAAGACUUGGUCUACCCCACACCCAACCUGUAUGAUCUAACCUUGCGAUUAAAUUCUGAUCCGGGGCUAGAUUCAUGGUGGGCAAAUGUCGUGGAUAUAUUACAAACGCACUACGGGGCGGAAAGAGCUUCACUCGCUGUUCCUGGAGACGCGACUGAUCUCGAGAACGUUCCGUGGGGUCAGAAGGCGGUGUUCGGCGGAAGCACACGGGCUGAGCCCAAUGAACAAACGUUGCAUGGCGAGACGACUCAAACGAAGGACAAUACCCCUGAAGACGGCGAGAACUCAGAGAAGAAGGGUGCAUUCACUGCGGGAACUAAUGCAAUUAAAACGAGCUCGGCUAUGCGGCCUCCGCUCCUCUCACGGCAUUCAUUUGGAGGUUUUGGUAAAGAGAGGAAACACUCUACUGGGAAUGAUUCGGACUCGCCAUUUAGUCAAAAAUCGAAAGUCGAACACAGGCGCGCACAAACCCCUGCGGAAAAAAUACCAACUGUUCAUGAAGACCGCGCUACCAGUUUCUCUCACUCCAUGGAUGCUUCCAAUUCUUUGGAAGACGAUCGCCGACCAGCUGUUUUCCCCACGCCGAGGCCAUUAGAAAUCGAAGCGGACCCGCUUAUCAAGAGGACGGGUGUCGUGAAGCUGUUUGGGCGUACGGGGCCCGUUGUUCUGACCCGGGAAUAUUCGCAGAACCUGGCCGGGACAACCACGCAGCCUCCAGCAGGGCAGGUUCAAACGCCGGAAGAUACGAUUCAGGUCACUCCUACAGAACCUCCCCAGCAACCAGAGGAGCGCGUUAGAUCCCUAUCCAACCCACCUCGAGCCGGCCCCCAAUCAAUACCACCGAUCGAGCUCUUCGACGAGUAUGAGCAAGUGCCUCCCUCGCCCUGGUCCCAGUCGCCCGCACCGUCACCGGCACCUCGCGCGCAUGCCGACCAGAAUCCCUUCUUUGUUAGCCACGCUGUCGAUGAAGGUGCAUUUGCAAAACACCCGCCGCCUCACGACUAUUCAAAUCUUCAGCCGUUGGAAGCUAUUGGGGUUGACCUGGCCAAAUCUGUGGUCCAUAUUCCUCUUCUGCAUGGGGGACGCUCGAAGCAGGCCUCCUCAGCCACCUUGAGGUUCCCCGUUGCAGUUAUCUCGAUUAUUUCGCCCAUAAUGCCGUACCCUGCGAAUCUACGGCAAUCACUGACCUAUUUUAUGCCUCAUCUGACAACUUCGUUUUGUUUGGCACAGCACUACAGUCAGCUGGAGCGGCAAUUUGCCUCUCGACUGGAGAUCCCACGCUACGGGCAUCUCCUUGGUCUCGGUGGUACAUUUUCUGACGAGAGCAGCGAGCUAGAACUGGUUGCUGGUCUCAGCGGUCACGUUAAUUAUACGAUUGCAGACGACGGGUCCGUUUCGGCCCACGCAAGCCUUUCAAGUCCCGAUGAGCGACCCAAUUCAACUAAAUUCAGUCCCGCCAUAUCUGGAUUCGGAACGCCUGGUUUGGAUCUGAACAGUCUCGCAAACCUCCCCAGCGAAUCGCCAGGAAUCGCUGCUAAAGUGAACAGCGACGCCAUCGACAGUUAUUUCAACGUCAAGCAACACAAGAGCUUUCGAGAGGCCAUCACUCAACAUCGCAACCGACUGUCAAAAGCCAAACAAAGUGCGACAUCAACUCCCACAUCGCCUGGGAGGUUUCUGGGGAAAUAUCCCGCAGAAGAGGACGCGAAUUCGCAAGACCCAGGCGUACUCUUAGUGUCCCCAUCUCAGGACCUCAAAGGACCGUCAGUUUUGUCGCCAACGCAAACGGCUUCUCGCCACCCUUCGGGUAGCUCUUUCUACGCCCAGCUACCGCGCGAGUUGCCUCGUCCCUUCACCGACACUGUAGCGCAACUUAUGCUGAAUUCCGUUCCCCUUCACCUUUUUCUGGCCAAGCCCCAAAGCGGAGAAGUAAUUUGGACAAAUUCCAAGUUCGAUGCCUACCGAAGGAGCCAGCCGCAGGAACAGAAGCUGCGGGACCCCUGGCAGAAUAUCCACAGCAGUGAACGCGAGCACGUGUCUCAAGAGUGGGUCAAUGCUCUGCGGACGGGCUCACAGUUUACUGAACGGGUCCGUGUUCGACGUUUCAACGACGAGUCCGCCUACCGUUGGUUUAUCUUCCGCGCAAACCCCCUACUAUCUGCGACGGGUGAGGUGCUGUAUUGGAUCGGCUCGUUCCUCGACAUUCAUGAACAACACAUUGCUGAGUUGAAAGCAACCCAGGAAAGAGAAAAGUUCGCAAUUGACGCCAAGUACCGAGCAUUUUCCAAUUCAAUCCCGCAGGUUGUUUUUGAGGCAACUGAAUAUCGUGGACUGAUAUUCGUGAAUGAGCAAUGGCAUUUGUACACCGGUCAAAAGCUGGAGGAGGCGCUCAAUUUUGGUUUUGCAAAGCAUGUGCAUCCCGACGAUCUGGAGAAAUGCGGCCUGCUCUCACUGUAUCUCGCCGAAUCUCAGGGCGGAACGGUUCCCCCUGAACCCAGUCAACUCUCUGAGGCCGCGAAAGCUGCCGUCCAGGAAAAAUGCCUCACUCGUGGGGUCACUCCCGCACUGGAUGAACUGGUGAGGCGCGGGGUUGCUUCUCUACAAAAAGAUGAGAAUGGACGCGUCUUCUACUCGACCGAAAUCCGUCUCCGCUCUAAGGGAGGCGAUUUUAGAUGGCAUCUCGUUCGACUGGUCCGAGUGGAGACCAGCAGUUUCGGCAGUGGAGAGGCUUCAUGGUAUGGCACAUGCACCGACAUCAACGAUCGCAAGAACCUCGAACGAGAGCUCAACAAGGCAAUGCAACAACUGAACAACCAAAUGGAGUCAAAGACCAAAUUUUUCAGCAAUAUGUCUCACGAGAUUCGAACCCCGCUGAACGGCAUCCUUGGCACGAUUCCCUUCAUCCUCGACACGCAGCUAGACACGGAUCAGAGACGCAUGCUUGAUACCAUCCAAAAUAGCUCAACUAACUUACGUGAACUGGUUGACAACAUUCUUGACGUGUCUCGAGUUGAAGCCGGAAAAAUGUCACUUGUCAACUCGUGGUUCCACGUUCGAUCGGUGAUCGAAGAUGUCAUCGACACUGUCGCGUCUCGGGCCAUCGACAAGGGCCUCGAGAUCAAUUAUCUGAUGGACGUCGAUGUGCCCCCAAUGGUUAUUGGAGACAGGUUCCGGAUUCGGCAAGUUCUUAUUAAUCUGGUUGGCAACGCGGUCAAAUUUACAGCGCAAGGAGAGAUUCACAUCUGCUGCUCCGUCUACCAUGGCCCUUCUUCCUUGUCAAAGAAAACGGAACUGCUUUUGAACUUCGACGUCGUCGAUACAGGCAAAGGUUUCAGCGCGAGAGACGCCGAGCGUUUGAUGCAGCGGUUCAGCCAGCUGGGACAGAAUGGCUCUCAGCAGCAUGCCGGAAGUGGACUUGGGCUGUUCUUAUCCAAACAACUUGUGGAGAUGCAUGGAGGCAGACUGACGCCGACGAGCAAGGAGGGUCAAGGCGCGAAGUUUUCUUUCCAUGUCAAAGUGGAUGCCCCUCCGCCACCAACACCCGACGAACCUCGUCUUGUGCGACAAUCCUCCAAUACGUCCGAGAUUCUUGGGGCGCAGAAGCCCAAUUCCCUCCAGAAAAUGCUCUUCUCAUCAAAGGACUCCGUCGACUCCAAGAUCGACUCCUACGACUUUUCUGCCGCACUCGAAUCGCCCCUUUCCCAAGCUCCGAGCAGUUCCGACCCUUCGGCGCGCUUUACGUCGAACGCGUCUGAGCGUUCGUCGAUCUCUUCGGCUCUCCCUACUCCUGAUCUUCAGGCUGCCAUGGAUCCAUUGUCCAAGAUCGAUACAAUAAAACUUGGCGCCAGCUAUGCCGAUACCCCAGCGCAAGCAUCAGCCAAUCCGUUGGCUUCGUCGAGCACAGACACUCUACAUCCACUGGUUCAGUCAUCCACCUCAUCUCAAGAACCUCCCGUUUCUAGCACGCCGGCGCCUACGCAAGCAAAACCCGAGGGUAGGAAAUCACAAGACCCGUACUCAAUACUCAUUCUUUGCCCCAUGGACAAUACGCGCAAGGCCAUCAAGCAGCAUAUUGAGCAGGUCGUACCACAUGAGAUUCCAUUUUCAAUCACGUCCACGCCUGAUAUCGAGGAUUGGCGAGACUUCUUCAACGACGGGUCUAGCUCUAGGCUUACUCACCUGGUCCUCAAUCUACCUAAUGUGGAUGAUGUUUUGGAUGUCAUGAAUUAUGUUUCCGAGUGCGAUCCUGCUUCCGCUCCAGCUCUUGUCUUGACAUCCGACUUGUAUCAAAAACGACAGAUCAACUCGAGGAUCAAGGAGCUGUCUUCCAGUGGCAGGCGUGUGUAUACCGUGCCUAAACCGGUGAAGCCUUCAGCGUUCUCUGCCAUAUUCGAUCCGGACAACCAACGCGAUCUUAGCAAGGACAGGAACCAGGAUAUGGCCCGCGAAAUCAACAACAAUUUCAAGACCAUGUCCAAGAUGGUUAAAGAAGUUAUCGGGAACAAAGGCUACCGUGUCCUACUGGUCGAGGAUGACGAGACUAACCGCAUGGUUAUGCUCAAGUAUCUCGAUAAGAUCAAAGUCAUGGCUGAAACUGCUGGCAAUGGCCAAGAGUGUACAGAAAUGGUAUUUUCUAAAGAGCCUGGUUACUACUCUCUCAUCAUAUGUGAUAUCCAAAUGCCCAUCAAGAAUGGUUACGACACUUGUCGCGACAUUCGUGCUUGGGAACUGAAGAAUCAUUACCCUCAAAUACCAAUAAUGGCUUUGUCCGCCAAUGCGAUGACAGACCAGAUUGAAGAUGCCGCUCGGGCUGGCUUCAACGACUACGUUACAAAACCCAUCAAACACAAUGAACUGGGUAAAAUGAUGAUGGGACUCCUUGACCCCAACCGGCCAUUGCUUCUCCUUCGAGACCGUCUCAGGGAGGAUCACGAGAAUGACCAUCGCGAAGAGUAA